AGAUAGAUGUGUUGUGUGUUAUGUCUAUAUAAAGAGAAGUAAACAACACAAACAUGAAAUAAGAUAAGACCUCCCAUGGCUUCCAAAACUCCUGUCUACGCAUUCCUCAUUUGUGUUCUCCAGUUUCUUCAUUUGUGUGCAGCACAAAAUGUGAAGGGUGGCUAUUGGUUUCCUGAUAGCGGUAUAGCGGCCUCCGAUAUCGAUUCCACUCUAUUCACUCACCUCUUCUGCGCAUUCAGUGAUCUUAACAGCAAUACAAACCAGGUUGUCAUUUCUUCAGCAAACGCUGCCCAAUUCUCCCAGUUCACGAACACUGUCCAAAUCAAAAACCCUUCUGUCAAAACCCUUUUAUCGAUAGGGGGUGGAGCUUCGUAUGACGCUGACUUUGCCAAGAUGGCUAGCACCUCUGCUUCUCGGAAAUCCUUCAUUGAUUCCUCCUUACAACUGGCAAGAUCAUAUAAUUUCCACGGCCUAGACCUCGACUAUGAGUACCCGUUAUCAGCUAAUGAUAUGGUCAACUUGGGGACGUUGCUAGACGAGUGGCGUGUGGCUGCAGCCGCAGAGGCUCAAGCCUCUGGCAAGCAAAGAAUUCUAUUAACUGCAGCUGUUUCUGUUGGGCCAAGCGUCGAUGGAUUGAGAUAUCCUAUCCAAUCGAUAUCACGGAGCCUAGACUGGAUCAAUGUGAUGGCCUAUGACUUUUAUGGUCCGCCAUGGGCACCUUCGAUGACCAAUGCUCAUGCUGCCUUAUAUGAUCCUAGUGGCAGAGUUAGCGCCAGCUCUGGGAUCAGCUCGUGGAUCCAAGCUGGUGUGAGCGCAAACAAGCUAGUGCUUGGUUUGCCGUUCUAUGGAUAUUCAUGGCAGCUUGCCAAUGCUAAUAACCAUGGACUGAUGGCUCCGGCCAAUGGAGCUCCGGGAGGUUCUGGUGAUGGAUCCAAGGGAUACAAUCAGAUAUUGGAUUUUAUUGCAAACAACAAUGCUCCAAAGGUCUACAACUCGACGAUUGUUGCAGACUAUUGUUACUCAGGGACGACAUGGAUUGGAUAUGAUGAUAAGCAGAGCAUUUCAACAAAGGUUCCGUAUGCUAAACAGAAGGGAUUGCUUGGUUAUUUCGCAUGGCAUGUUGCAGCUGAUGCCAAUUGGGCUCUUUCUCAACAAGCUAAACAAGCCUGGGGAGCAUGAAAGGCAGGAUAAUCAGUCUACAAGAGCAACUCCAACGGGCUCCUCAAACAAGCUCUUAACUCUAAAAUUUAGGAGGAUAUGAAAAAUUAGAGCUCCAAUGAGUUUAAAAAUUUAAGAGCUUUCUCUCUCUCCUUUCUUUUAAAGAGCAUCUAGGUGCUCCUAACUUAUUUUCUUUGAAUAAAAUAAUCACUUCCUUCUAUUUCAAUUCACUUCUCUCUCCAACUUCUCUCCUAAAUAAUAAUAAAAUAUGAGUUAAGAGCAACUAUAAAGAGUAGCAUUGGAGCUCACACAUUAUUCAAUGUACUAACUCACUAGGAGCCACAUUUUAUAUUAUUGUUUAAGAAAUGAUUUAGGAGCACCAUUGGAGAUGCUCUUAUCAGUAUUGUGUAAUAUAUAAAUAAGAUCCACAUUAUGUGAGAUUUAAUAAGGCUUUACAGGAAUAAAAUGAUUGAAUACGAUUUAUGACCACCUAAUUUGUGUCUAGAUAUAUUUAAUACUAGCAGCUACUUACAGAGCAGAAGGGGCAGAUUUUAGUACUAGUGUAUCUAAGGUCGAUUG